UCCUGAGGUAACUAGGGUGAAUUUUCACCUAACACUAUGGAGUUUCAUUAAUGAUUUUUUGGAGUUUACAUUUUAAAGUUGUUAUAUAUUUCAGAUUCCAAUACAGUUGCACCAGGAUAUCAUUUAUUUCCUUUUACCUCUCAACGUUUUCUCUUUUAGAGAAAUGCCUCCAUCUUUUAAAGGAAUACAUGGCAAAAUUGUUCACCCAAAAAGGAAACAGAGAUACCAGUACAUUUUACAGAGAUCCUAUAAACAUCUGACGUUGAAACUAUGAAAGAAAAACUGAUUCUCAUCUUUCAUCCAGUUUGUUCAGCAGGAUUUCACAGAGAAGAAACUGAAAUUCUUCAACAAUGGGAGUGUGUUUAUGAAUAUAAGUAUAGACAACAUGGAGUAUCCUGUAGGUAAGCACCAUUUCUCAAGAUCCUCUGAAAAUUCUUUAGGUGCUGUAUGACCUUUAAGAUAAAAUGGGCAAGACUAGCUUUUCCACUGGUAGCAACUUACCAACUGCCAACUUUCUCAGUUGGUCGUGUCAGCACAUGAUUUGGUCGCAGCCAAAUAUUGUGUUGGUACAGUACAGGGGCGUUGGUUGGAUUGUUAACCCAAUUGUUGACCCAAAGAAAAAAAGGAGGGCUGAAGACCACGCCCAUUCGCAGGACCCUUUAGCCUGGAGCAGUGUUUUUCACCGACCAGAACAUUUCUAAAAGCAAUGCAAAAAUGUCUUUUACCAUUAAGAACCUUUCUGUAACAUACUAUGAAAUUAACGAGAGCAAUAUAUUCACCAAUGGGGAUUGCAUUUCUGGCCACGUUACUUUAGAAGUUAUGAAGGAAACGAAAAUCAACUCCUUCAAGAUUAAAGCUACAGGGAAAGCACACGUUAGCUGGUCGGAACAUUGUGGUCGUCUACAUCGUUUCUACUCCGACAAUGAGAUAUAUUUCAAGUCGGCCCAAUACUUCAUUCAAGAUCAGAAAGAUGAAGAACAAGAUGGCAUUCCACUACUGACAGAUCAAGAUGGGCAACCCUAUUCAAAUACAGUUGCACCAGGAUGUCAUCUAUUUCCUUUUACCUUUCACCUACCUCAAGAAGAAAUGCCUCCAUCUUUUAAAGGAGUACAUGGCAAAAUUGUUUAUUUCCUGGAGGCAAAGUUGACUAGAUCAAUGCGGAUUCCAAGCAAAGCCAGAACUGAGUUUACCUUCGUCUCAAAACCGGACCCCAGCUACGAAGCCGAACCAUUUGUUCAGCAGGAUUUCACAGAGAAGAAACUGAAAUUCUUCAACAAUGGGAGUGUGUCUAUGAAUAUAAGUAUAGACAACAUGGAGUAUCCUGUAGGAGAUGGGAUAACAGUCACAGGAUUAAUUGAGAACAACUCAUCCCGUCCAAUCAGGCCUAAGUACUUCCUGUACCAGAAACAGAGUUGUUUUGCAGACAAAGAGAGAAAGGUUAACACUCGAGAUAUCCUAAGGGAAGAAGGUGACAUCAUCGAGCCAUCCACGUCUACAAAUGUGACCAAAGUGUUAAACAUCCCAUUCAGCAUCCCACCCUCUGUUCUCACCAGUGACAUCCUGAAAGUAGAGUACAGACUUAGGGUGUACCUUGAUGUCAAAUUUGCCUUAGACCCAGAGAUUAAGUUUGAGGUAGAACUCCUUCCUCCACGACAAGUCACAGGAUGGAAGCCCCUAUCAGACAGUGGAAGCAGUUCUUCUGAGGCAUGCAGGAGCAACAGCCAAGAGGAGGCAUACACAGUCUCUUUCUCUGACCCUCCUCCACCUUACUCUGAGUAUGACGUGUACCCCACCUCUUCUGACGCCCCGAUGAAGCCAUGAAGGAAAAUAUUUUUUGUCAAUUUCAUGAUGUUUAUGCCACUUUAAAUGAAUAUCUGUCAUAGUAGCUGAAGGUGUAAGGUUUGGUGUUAACAGUAUUUGAAUAAAAGACAUGUAACUUGUAAGAUGGUCAUUGUAAAACUAUAUAUGGAAGUGUCAUGGCCUUUCAUAGGUUCUUUCUGCUGCUUUUUCCUGAAUCCUUGAAACAGAUACACUACAAAUGGCUGUUCUGGAAUGGUGUACAAUUUAAAAAAAAAAAAAACUUUAUUACCUCUGCCAAGGAAGUUAUGGUUUCAUUGCAGUUUGUUUUUCUGUCUGUCUGUCUGUCUGUCUGUCUGUCUGUCAGCAAGAUUACGCAAAAACGAACUGUCCAAUUUUCAUGAAACUUGGUGGAGGUUUGGAGAACGGGCGUAGGAAGAACCCUUGACAUUUGGAGCAGAUCCAGAUCAAGGGGAGGAUCCAGGAAUUUAUUUUCACUAUGAGAUUGUUAAAUGAUUUUUUUUAUGCAUGUAUUUGUCAGAUUUCUGCCUUGCUUGUUUUUCUGCAAGGUAUCAGUCAAUAUUUUAGUAUCGGUAUCUUUGUUGUUGAACUUCCCAAUAGUUCAUAUCAGUCUGGCUAAUAAGAUUGCACAUGUUACUACCAUUAUUACUAUCAGGUUGAUCAAUUCUAUCAUUGAUGCUUCUCUACCUUACCUAGACAAAUGCAAAAGAGUUACUCCUCCUCUAUUCUUUUUUUAUUUAUAUGUAGAUAUAUAUUGAUAUUUUUUUAAAUUGGUCAUAACUUUCAAAUGUUUUGCACUGGUUUAGAAGCAUUUCAAGAAGGCUUCUGAAAUGUUGCAGCAGAGGUUGCUGUAGAUUGGCACAGCAAAUCAAUUUCCAGAAUGUACUUACACAGCCCCCAAACAUCUACCUCUAUUUUACACACAUACUUCCACCUAUGUUAUUAGUUCAUGGGUAUUAGAGAAACAUGUUGACUACCGCCUGUGUGUUAAGAUUUUGUGGCGAACAAGUGAAACCAGGUGAUAAUUGGCUGGCUGAAUUUGAAAUAGAAUAGUAUGGACUAAUAUUUGCCUGAAUGAAGGUCAAUGUGUUGAGUAAUAAAUUGUGCAUGCAGAACUAACUUGAAUAAAUGUGAAUGUGUCCCAUUCUGCAUAGGAAAAAAUAUUCUAUCCUUAAGCAAUGGAAACUAAGUAGGUUAUGUAAUAUGUUGAAUAUCCUACACUGUAGUUGGAAAGUAUGUUGUUUACACAGAAGCAAAUAAAAUAACAUAAAAUUCAA